AUUAUUAAGUUUUCAUCUUGUGUCUAUAAUGAAUCAGUGAGGUGGACAUAAUGACUGUAACACUACAGCUUUGUUAUAUUACCAAUUAUAUACAAGUCAGCUAUUUUUAAUUUUCUGACAACAAUUACAAUUCUAGUGAAUAAGUAUAAGCAAUAAAACAUGUCACUGUUUAUUAUCUCCCUUUUAUGAUCGCUUACACAGUGUGUUUUGUCCAGUUGUCUUGAGCAGAUAUGUGAUUCUAUUAGCCAAACAAGACCCUCACACUAAAAAGUAGGCUUACAUAUGAAAAAAAAUCUACAGGAGAUUAUUCAUCUGUGGAACGAUUUCACUAAAAUGAUACUUAUGGUAUAUAUGACAUGUAUCUAUUACUGCAAAACAAAAUGACUUUGAUUUAAGUCCGACUAUCAUGAAUUCUCAAAUGGAGGGAAAUCAUGAAACUGGAGUAUCUAUUGGCUUAUCAUCAUCCAAUCCUAAUGAAAAUAGUUUUGAGUCGAACAAUGCUAUUUCGUAUGCAACAGCAUUGAGGAAUUCCAUUGUGGUCAAUAAGAGUUUAAGUUUUAUUGAGAAAUUUAAAAUGGGAUCAGUGUUAUCUGAGUUGAGUUUAACAAGCAAAUCCCCAGGAAACGAACAAUGCAUUCAGGAGAUACAACAAAAUAGGCAUCAAAAACGGUCACACAAAACCCACAGAAUACUGAGCAGUCUACACUUUCACGAAGUUUUAAUUCACGGGCGGAAUCGCAAGAUAUGUCAUUCCCUAACAACUCAAGUCCUAGACAACCCGCAUCUUUAUUUAAGUCUAAAAUUUCUAAUAACAGGAAUAAAAAAUUAUUCCUUUCAAACGAAUCGAUUAAGGACCCUGAGAUGAUACAGCCAAUAAUUGCAAAAACAGUCUCCAUCGAGCCAAACAUACAAAACAAAUUCAGGAAAUACAACAAAUGUAAUACGUCAUUCAAAAACUACACGUAGUUACAAAGAUAUUGCACACGUUAGUCUUGAAGCUGCACCAAAAACUAGCAACUUGCCAAAUUCAACUUCGGGCUGUAAAAGUAAAGGAUCGCCGAUGACCUUGAGGUCUAUAAGUAGAGAUGAGUCAGGUACCAUUAGCACUAGUCAUCAUCAUUAUGAAAAUUAUCGUGUAUUUGGGGACAAUGAUCACGCACGUGGUUGGGUGCAUAGAGAUCCUACCGAAUACAGCUAUGCAAAUUUAUAUGGGCCCUCAGCUGACUACACUGGUUCUUCAACACCGACGAUAAAACCCAAUACUAGCAAAACUCCUGUUUUCAGUAAACAUUACCAACAAAAUACCUCAUAUUCGAAAUGCUGGAAUAGUAAUGAAUUAAAUUACUUAUCAAAAUCUUGCAACUCUGUGUUGCACAAUUCACCUAGACAAGGGAAUCACUGGAAGGUAACAGACACAGAAAAAAGUAACAAAUUACUAGAUGAGUUACAUCGAAUGUAUAUUCAGUUUAAAGAAAAAGAUAACCAAAUCAGGGAACGUGAUGCAUUUAUACGAUAUCUGCAAAGUAUCUUGUACAGACGUGAUCAAUUAAUUCAGCAACUCAUAAAACAGAUACCUGAUCCAAACAUUCGUCAAGAGUACUUGGAUGAAUUAAGUGAGUGGGAGAGAUACACAAAAGUUCAUUUGCCGAAGUAUCAUCAUCCAUAUCAACUACAAACAAAUCAUAGAGCUACAAAACCAAGCGGUAAGUCAGAUACAUCAAGUCAUAACGUACCAAGAAGGUGUAAUACAGAAAGGUCAGCUCCUUGUCAUUGUAACAGAAAUAUGUAUUUAAAAGUUAAUUCAUCCUCAUUUACUAACCAGCAUGAAAAUUUAACUGGAGAUGGGAAAAGCAGUAACAUCACAAUUAUUACUGCGACUCCAAACAAUAUUCCUAACAUUAGUCCUGUAAGUAGUGAACCAUACGGCAGAAAUGAAAUGUCCUGUUGUAAACUUCAGUAUCUUAAGUCAGGCUCAAUCAUCAAUGUUGACGACAGAAUUGAUCCCAAUAUUCAGAGUGUUAGUAACAGUGGGAUAAUUGACAAAGAGAGGGAAAAUAAUGAUAAAUCAUCUACAGUCGGCAUGAAGUUACAAAUUUUAUCCACUUCACGCGUUAAACGUCAUGCCAUUUCUGGUGAAUCAGAAAAGUAUCUCCCACCCCCUACCAGUCAUCUAUCGAAUUGGCCCAAAAUUGAAAAACCUGCACAUACAAGGGCACUCAUUACUCAGGCGAUUCUGAACAAUGAUUUUAUGAAACAUUUAGAUAAAAGACAAAUAUCGAAAAUUGUCGAUUCCAUGUGCCCUUUACGCUGUAGCAGACUGUCAUGGAUUAUACAGGAAGGUGAAGUUGGUUCUGUUGUGUACGUUUUAGAAGACGGUUAUGUAGAGGUACUAAAAGCUGGUGAGCGUUUGCGUGAAAUGGGUCCUGGAACGGUUUUCGGUGAAUUGGCUAUCCUAUACAACUGUACAAGAACGGCAAGUGUUAGGGCCAUCACUGAUUGUAAAUUAUGGGCUAUAGAUCGUCCAUGCUUCCAGUCAAUUAUGAUGUUUACAGGCAUACAAAAACAAACCGAAUACGUAAAAUUUCUGAAAAGUGUCCCAACGUUCAAGGAUCUAAAUCUGGAGAUUCUUGGCAAAGUUGCUGUUGUUCUUGGUGCAGAACACUAUGAGCCAGACGAGUAUGUUAUAAAAGAAGGUGAACGUGGGAAUACAUUUUUCAUAAUCACGGAGGGAAAAGUGAAAGUGACGAAAAACAGAGGAAAUGAAUGCAGUGAACAAUUUAUUCGAUACAUGACACGUGGUGACUGGUUUGGAGAAAAAGCACUGACUGAUGAGGAUGUUCGUACAGCUAACAUAAUUGCAAUGCCACCACGUGGAGUAGAUUGUUUAAUGUUGGAUAGAGAUUCAUAUAAUCUACUCAUCAAAGAUCUGGUCAGUUUUGAACGUAGCUAUCCCGACGAAAAACCAACUAUAAACCAAAGAGAAAAGCAGUUUUCUGAUAUUAAACUUACUGAAUUCACAGUGGUCUCAACGAUUGGAAUAGGGGGUUUUGGGCGUGUACAGCUGGUUUAUUUAAACAAGGAUAAAAGACAAUGUUUUGCAUUGAAGAGAUUGAAGAAGCAUUAUAUUGUUGAAACAAAGCAACAAGAACAUGUUUUAAAUGAGAAAAAUAUACUUAUGGAAGCCAAUCAUGACUUUAUUGUAAAGUUAUACCGCACAUAUAAAGAUCAACGUUACCUGUAUCUCCUACUAGAAGUUUGUCUUGGCGGUGAACUAUGGACUCUUUUACGAAAUUCAACGGCGUUUGACGAUGCUACAGCAAGAUUUUAUUCAGCUUGUGUUGUGGAAGCGCUAAAUUAUUUACAUAGGAAAGGGAUUAUAUAUCGUGACUUGAAACCUGAGAAUCUAUUAUUGGAUGAUCAAGGCUUCUGUAAAAUGACUGAUUUUGGCUUUGCUAAACGAAUUGGAUAUGGUAACAAAACGUGGACAUUCUGUGGCACUCCAGAAUACGUAGCACCUGAAGUUAUUUUAAAUAAAGGACAUGAUUUCACUGUGGAUUUUUGGGCACUUGGUAUUUUGAUGUUUGAAUUGUUGACUGGAACGCCUCCAUUUACAUCAUCAGACCCAAUGAGGACAUAUAAUAUUAUACUGAAAGGAAUUAAUGCGAUUGAAUUUCCAAAAUGUAUCACACGAAAUGCACAGUGCCUUAUAAAAAAACUCUGCAGAGAUGCUCCAGCACAAAGACUUGGAGCUCGAAAAUCAGGGAUAACAGAAGUGCGAAAUCACGCAUGGUUGAAGGAUUCGAUUGGAAUGGACUUGUAGCCAAAACUAUUCAAGUUCCUAUUACUCCUAAAAUUUCUUCACCAACCGACUUAUCCAACUUUGACAGUUAUUCAGAAGAAGAAGACUUGCCUCCAGAAGACUUAACCGGUUGGGAUGAAGACUUCUGAAUCACUGACAGCUAAAUUCAUCAUCAACAAAUAAACUUAACCAGCGUGGACGAUAAAACAACCAUUGGACCACAACAAUGGUAAGAUGAUUAAACAAACCUCCUUCCUCCCUUCAUAUUUCCUCCCACUUUGUAAUCUAAAUAAGAAAAACUGAUAACAAACAUCAAUAAUAAUAAUAAUAACAAUAAUAAUAGUAGUAAUGAAACGAUAGUGAAGAUUCAAGUGACAAGAGAUAUUUUCUUUUGGCUGAUAUUUUUAUUUUAUUUUUGUUUCCAUUAUUAAUAUUAUUAUCGUCAACACAGUCUUGUGAAAUUGUACUAAUUAGUUUUGUAUUUUCUUGACAAAUGUCAGAGAAGAAAGUAUAUAAGUAUGCUUAUUUCUUGACACUUUCAUAAAACUUGUUUUUAUGCACAACCACUACCGCUACUGAUAUUAGCAAUAGCGGUGCUAAUACUAUCAUAAGCCCUAAUCAU